UCAGACAGCAAGUUGCCAAGAGAUGUCGCUUUACACUUGUAUUACUUGCCGUGUUGGCUUUGCUGAAGUUGAAUUACAGCGGAGCCACUACAAAACGGACUGGCAUCGUUACAAUCUAAAACGAAAAGUCGCAGAACUACCCCCAGUUACUGCUGAUACGUUUCAACAAAAAGUCCUCGCCCAGAGAGCAAAGGUUGCAGAGGAGCAAGAAGACCAAUUUUCUCAGUGUGUUUUGUGUAACAAGCACUUCAACACCAAGAAUGCAUAUGAAAAUCAUCUUAAGUCCAGGAAGCAUAAAGAAGCAGUCACAAAACAGACAGCUAAACUGAAAGAUGAAGUUGUAAGAAAUAAUGAAAAAAAUUCAGAAAAAAAUGUACCAACAGAUCUUACUGGAAAUGAGAAAAGAUUGAUGAAGGACUGUGAGAACAUGGCACGUAAAACAAAGCUUUCGCUUUCCCAGUCAUUGGCAAAGACAGAGGCAUCUGCAUUGAAAAAGAGUAAACCAGGGAAUGACAUGGAGAUCUCGGAUGAUGAAGGUUCUGAUGCAGAGUCUUGUGAAAGCUGGGAUGAAAGUACUUUGGCAUUAGAGGAAUGCCUCUUCUGUUCUCAUGUGAGCAAGACCCUCGAAGAUAAUACCAAACACAUGACAUCAAAACACAGCUUCUUUAUCCCAGACGCUGAGUUCCUAGUUGACUUAGAAGGUCUCAUAACUUACCUAGGGGAGAAGGUUGGAAGUGGUCAUGUUUGUUUAUGGUGCAACUACAAGGGCAAGACCUUCCACUCUUUACAGGCUGUGCAGAAACACAUGCUAGAUAAAGGUCAUUGUAAACUGCUACAUGAGGGUGAUGCUGUGUAUGAGUUUACAGACUUCUAUGAUUACAGGAAAAGUUACCCAGAUUACCAGGAGGAAGAGUUUGAUGAAGGAUCAGAGGAUGAAGGCAGAGGACUGGAGGAUGUCGAAAUGGAAGAGGAUGCAGAAGAUGAGGAGGAGGAAGUGGAACAGAAAGUUCUGGCUUCAGACAAUUAUGAACUGGUGUUGCCAUCAGGAGCGACCAUAGGACAUCGAUCCCUGCAAAAGUAUUACAGACAAAACCUGCCCCAGCGUGAAUCUUCCCGAACCAAAGCCCUGCUACCUAACAUGCUGGCUCACUACAAAGCACUAGGCUGGACUGGAGCAAAAGGAGCUGUUGCCCAGAAACGUGUGAAAGACCUUGCAUUCAUGCAGAGACUAAAAUUUCAUCAGCAUAUGCGACUUGGUAUAAAAGCAAAUAAGCUGCAGCAUCAUUUCAGGAGUCAAAACCCAAUAUAAGGCCAAGGACUCUAUAAUGUCUUCAGUGGCAUUUACAUGUCGUUUAAUUAUUUCAGAUUGUGUUGCUGUAAUGUGGGUUUUGGGAUAAUUAUUUAUUGUAUAGUUGGUAAUAUUUACCAUUGUCUAGGCAUUUACAAAAUUUAUUCACAGUGAACAACCAUGAAAUAUCAGCCCAGAGAAAGUAAACAACUAUACAGUGAUUUUAUUGCUAAUAUGUUAUCUGGUUCCAUUAAUAUAUACUGCAAGACUUGUAACAAAAUUUGAUGUUAAUGCAAUAUAAUACUAUCAUGGAUCUGGACCAAAUGGAUCUGUCAAAGCAUAUUUGGUUGACAAGUCAUGUUGAUACAUUGUAAAACAAAAUAAUUUUUGUUAAUGUAAUUAUCUGAUUAGGUCAGGUUACAGUGACACAACUUUAGCUAACUAGAGGGCAGACACUUUUCACCACAGUGGUACAACAGAAAUAAAGCCUUUCAUUCUUGGAAGCAUGCUCUUCGGCCAAACAAAAAAUAUUUCCUGUUUCCAGUUAUGUACCUCCCCAAUAUAUUGUGCCUACCCAAAACAUUUUGAAGGCAGUAACCAAAUUGUUUGUGAAAAUAAAAAAAAAAUCCAAACUUAAAUAAAUUUUUCCAUUGUGUUACAAGAAACACAUGUAUUUAUUUUUGGUUUGGCCUUACAUAAACUCCAUGAUCAGCUGGAGAUGCUCAAAAUUACAGUUGUGAUUUUCUGAAUUUUUAACAGUUGAAAUUACUAAAGAAAUUUGUCAGGAUUGAUUUUGAAUGUAGUGACAGCAUCAAGUUACAUUUGUUAUGAGAAUUUCUAUGUUAAGGGGGAAAAUUGCACUAUUCAGAAUAAUUGUUAUUAUAGUAAAAUGGAAAUCUUAUAUCUUGAUAAAACAUACUAGUCAGAUAAUACAUGAUAUUUGAACAUUAGAAACAGGAUCACAGAAUUCUGUUGGAUUAGACAGGAUGUCAGAAGACACAGGUUUGAUUAAAUAGUAUUUAAUAGGAAUGGGAUAACAUGAUGAAUUGGGAUGUAAAAACACUAAGAGUUCUGUCUAGAGAGGUUUCAUUUUGCAGAUGUUUGUGUGAUUUUUUAUUUCAAUCAGUUUGCUGGCAUAAGAGAGCCAGGUCAUGUUGAUAGAGUGCUUCGCUGCAAUUUUGUGUAUCAGUAAAGCUUGACUAUGUAACAUGUCACGAGGCUGAUACUAUUCAGAAAAUGUUUAUAUAAAGGACUUCCACAUCUUAACUGAAAUGAGAAUGUGAUAAAUAAAGA